AUGAAUAACAAGUCCCUCAACGCGAGUCAGCCGCGGGUCGGUGGCGGCUCCGGGACGGUGGAUCAUGAACUCGCCAUCACCUCCACUUUCGGGACGCUUCUCUCCUUCGUCUAUAUAAUCGGAGUGUCGGGGAACGUGUACACGCUGGUGGUGAUGUGCCACUCGAUCCGCUUCGCCACUUCCAUGUACAUCUCCAUCAUCAACCUGGCCCUGGCGGACCUGCUCUACCUCUCCACCAUCCCCUUCGUGGUGUCCACGUACUUCCUCAAGGACUGGUACUUCGGGGACGUGGGCUGCCGCAUCCUGCUCAGCCUGGACCUACUCACCAUGCACGCCAGCAUCUUCACGCUCACCGUCAUGUGCACGGAGCGCUACCUGGCCGUGAUCAAGCCGCUGGACACGGUGAGGCGCUCCAAGAGUUACCGCAAGGCUCUGGCGUGGGGCGUGUGGCUGCUCUCUCUGGUGCUCACCGUGCCCAUGAUGGUCAUGGUGACAGAGACCACCAAGAACACGCCGGACGGGGGCAUGAAGAGGAUGUGCGCGCCGACCUGGGCGCCCCUGGCGUACAAGGUGUAUGUGACAGUCCUGUUUGGCACCAGCAUCAUGGCACCGGGGCUCAUCAUCGGUUACCUGUACGUCAAGUUGGCGCGCACUUACUUGGAGUCCCAGCGCAACUCUGUGAUCAGCAGGGGCAGCAAGCGCUCGCCCAAACAGAAGGUGCUGAUCAUGAUCUUCACCAUCGUGAUGGUGUUCUGGGCAUGUUUCCUGCCCUUCUGGAUCUGGCAGCUGCUGCCUCUGUACCACACCAAGCCGCUGAGCCUGGCCUCGCAGACCCACACCUGCAUCAACUACCUGGUGGCGAGCCUCACAUACUCCAACAGCUGCAUCAACCCGUUCCUCUACACGUUGCUCACCAAGAACUACAGGGAGUACCUGAAGAACCGGCACCGGAGCUUUUACAGGUACACGUCCUCCUUCAAGCAGCGGCCGCCCAGCCUCUACUCGUGGGGGAAGUCUGCGUCCUCCAGCAACCAGUUUGAGUUACACUCCGAGACGCUGGCCAUGGGGACAUUGAAGUGA